AUGACGUCGUCGAGUACAAUCUGCGGUGGUUUUAAAUCAGGCACUGAGGUGAAGCUGUGUGGACAUGCCACUCUGUCGACUGCUUUUGCAUUACACGAUGCAGGUCACGUGACUUCGCGCCAAACGUUUCACUUCCACACGUUGAGUGGGGUGUUGGUCUGUCGUUUUGAGGUGCAGAGUGAGUCACAGAAGGUGCUCGUGCUGAUAGACUUCCCGGAACAACCCACGACGCCUGCAGGGCCUAGUGUGGUGUUAAAGGAGCUGGCCUCUGCGCUAGGCAUUCAGCCAAAUGUCAUCGUUGACGUGAAGCGAGCGACCACAGAUCUACUCGUUCGUGUGACAUCUGCAGGUUCCACGACGCUCGUGCCGGACUUUGUGCAACUGGCCAAGUAUGACGUACGCGUUGUCGCUGUUACUGCUGAAGCACCCGCCGAUAAUGCGUUGAACAUGGGCAUCCAAAGCCGGUUCUUUGCUCCUCGUGGUGGGGUGAACGAAGAUCCGAUCACGGGUAGUGCGCAUUGCGCCUUUGGGCCGUACUGGGCUCCACUACUCGAGAAGACGACGAUCAAAGCACAGCAAUUCACCCCUGUUGAGGUGGGUACAUCACAUUGGACCUCGUGGCGGCUGGACCGGGUCGCGUUCUAUUGAAGGGCGAAGGGGUUAUCGUCCUGGGCGGUCAACUUCCUUCAUCGCCG